AUGGCCCGCCUUCUCUCGCUCCUCGCUAUCUCGUCCCUCGCCGUCUUUGUUUCGGCAUCCGCCGGCGACGCAGCCCACCACCGCCUUGCUCGCUCGUUCGGCAACAACCACAACCAGGCCAAGCGCCACGGUGACGUCGUCGCCAACUCUUCCCGCAAGCGCGACGUCUCCAAGCGCUGCGCCGCCAAGUCUUCCGCUGCAACCUCUGCAGUCCAGCACGCCGCCGCGACUUCGGCCGUCUCGACCUCUGUAGCUGCUGCGACCUCCACCAAGGCAGCUGCCACGACCUCUAAGGCCGCCGCCGCUACCACGACCAAGAAGGCUUCCGCGACGACCUCUUCCAAGGCCGCCGCGGCAACCACCGCUAGCUCCAGCUCGGGCUCUUCCGGCAACGGAAAGGUCGGCCUUGCCUGGUCUAACCACGAGGCGGACCUCAUCCCCGACUUCACGAACGAGAACGUCAACUGGAUCUACGACUGGGAGGAGUCUCUCCAGUACGGCAUGACCACCAAGGGCCUGAACUUCAUUCCCAUGCUCUGGGGCUGGAAGAACGCCGACUCGUUCAAGUCCAAGGUCGUCAAGGGCUACGCUGAAUACGCCGCCUUCUUGAACGAGCCCGACAUCUCGUCGCAGUCCAACAUUGCCGCGACCGAUGCCGUCUCCAUGUGGAAGACCUACAUGGCGCCCCUCAAGAGCCAGGGCUACAAGCUCAUCUCGGCUGCCCCUGCCACUGGCCCCAAGUGGCUCCAGGACUUCAAGACCGCCUGCAGCAAGCAGGGUGUUGAUUGCACGUGGGACUUCACUGCUGCCCACAUCUACACGACGUCGUUCGACUCGUUCAAGACCGUUGCCACCAGCUACCACUCGGCUGACUUCAACUGGGCCCCCGUCAUGAUCACCGAGUACGCGUGCCAGGACUACUCUGGUAACAACAACCAGGCGUCGUCGGACGAGAUCUGGGCCUUCAUGACCAACACCAAGAACUGGCUCAACUCGCAAGACUUCAUCACCGCGUACUUCUACUUCGCGCCGAUGACCUCGUCCGAGCUUGAGUCGAACUCGCUCAACGGUCUCAACGCCAUGAUCAACUCUGACGGCAACUCGCUCACCGACCUCGCCAAGUUCUACAUCUCGUAG